AUGGACGCAGCGGAUGUAGUUGCUUCCGUGUUGGUUUUGGGGAUUAUAAUCGUGUCGCUGCUGUCCAACGUUGUGGUGCUGAUCUGCUUUCUGUACAACCCGGAGAUCCGCAAACAGGUACCUGGUCUUUUCAUUCUCAACUUGACGUUUUGCAACCUGUUGCUAAGCGUGUCCAACAUGCCCCUAACUCUGGUCGGGCUCAUCACCACGGGCCACCCCGGGGGCAGCGGCUUCUGUCAGAUUGUGGGCUUCCUCGAUACUUUUCUCACCACAAACUCAAUGCUCAGCAUGGCAGCUCUCAGCAUCGAUAGAUGGGUGGCGGUGGUGUUCCCGCUGAGCUACCACUCAAGAAUACGGCACCGGGACGCAGUGAUAGCGCUAGGAUACACGUGGAUACACUCACUUUGCUUCUCCACAGUGGCCACCUGCCGCUCCUGGGUCGGCUACCACCACCUUUACGCAUCGUGCACUCUCUGCAGUGUCAGGGCGAAGGGAGCCGGGACGCAGUUUGUCAUUUUCACCGUGGCACUGCACGCUCUCACUUUCCUCCUCACGCUGAUCGUGUUGUGUGUAACGUAUCUGAAAGUGCUAAAAGUUGCGAGGUUUCACUGUAAACGCAUCGACGUGAUCACUAUGCAGACGUUGGUGCUGCUUGUGGACAUUCACCCCAGCGUGCGCCAGAAAUGCUUGGAUGAGCAGAAGCGGAGGAGGCUGAGGGCCACCAAGAAGAUCAGUACAUUCAUCGGCACAUUUGUGGUGUGCUUCACCCCUUAUGUCAUUACAAGAAUUGUAGAGCUCUUCUCCCCAGGGCCCAUAAGCCCUCACUGGGGUGUGCUGUCCAAAUGUUUGGCCUACAGCAAGGCAGCAAGCGACCCGUUUGUCUACUCCCUGCUGCGUCACCAGUACAGGAAGACCUGCAGCCUUCUGGCUAACAAAGUCCUCAAGAGGAGCCCACUCAACUCCUCCUCCCUCAGGAUGGAGAACAAUGCAGGGAGGAGCAACACCAACUCCAACACAAGCAACAACAGCCAGCCACCUGCCAACAAGUCACUUGGCCAGUGA